UCCCCAUGUAUCAUUAGACUCAUAUUCAAUCUAUCUAUACACUUUCUAUACUUAUCUUACGUUAUAAUAUCGUCUACUGUAAUACCACCAUGCCAGACAUCAAAAAGGUCAUUAUCAUCGGUGCCGGCCCUGCUGGCCUUAUCGCUGCUCUUCGUCUCCACCAAGCCAA